UCGGGGCUCCGACACGAAGGGGGGGAUCGAUCAUCCAUGGCGACAUCUCUCGGAAACAAACGGUCUCUCCGCCUCCUGACUCGGUUCCUCGACUCACCGAGCCCGCACCGUUCCCCGCCGACCAGCUCCUCCUCCCGGUCCCUGCAAACCCUUGCUUACGAAGAGGUACGGCCUCCUCCCGCCGGCGACAAUCCCGCCGCCGCCGCCGCCCCGACGGCGCUCGUGCUCCACGGCCUCCUCGGCUCCGGCAGGAACUGGAGAUCCUUCUCUCGCUCCUUGGCCUCCGCUCUCUCCGCCGCCUCCCCUCCCUCCGAGUGGAGGAUGGUUCUGGUGGAUCUGAGGAACCACGGGAGAUCGGCGGAGCUGGGGGGCUUCGGCCCGCCUCACGACAUGUCCAGCGCCGCCGGGGAUUUGGCCGAUCUGGUGAGGUCGCGAGGGUGGGCCUGGCCGGAUGCCGUGAUCGGCCACUCCAUGGGCGGCAAGGUGGCCUUGCAGUUCGCGCAGAGCUGCGCCCGCGGGGACUAUGGCGAAUCCGCCGCAUGUCCGAGGCUGCUGUGUGUGCUGGAUUCUGUCCCGGGAGAAGUAAAGUCAGAGAAUAGUGAUGGAGAAGUAGAAAAAGUUUUGAAAACAUUGCAGAGUUUACCUUCAACAAUCCCAUCGAGAAAGUGGCUGGUGAACCACAUGCUGGAACUCGGUUUCUCAAAGUCCUUAGCAGAGUGGAUAGGCAGCAACCUCAAGAAAUCUGGAGAUCGUGAAACGUGGGCUUUUAGUCUGGAAGGUGCCGUUCAGAUGUUUGAUUCGUACAGGGAGACCUCCUAUUGGUCUUUGUUGGAGGAACCGCCGAAAGCCACGGAAAUAGCAAUUGUGCGUGCAGAGAAGAGCGAUCGAUGGGACCCGGACGUGAUACAACGGCUCGAAAGACUUUCUAGUCUAGGAAGGGACCGAUCCGAAGGGAAGGUUUCACUUCAUGUUCUUCCAAAUUCUGGCCACUGGGUUCACGUGGACAAUCCGAAGGGGCUUCUCGAGAUCGUGGCUCCAAAGUUCACGUCCAUCUAGCCUCGCCCUACCGGAUUCCGACUCCCCAGGCGCCUGCCGGUGCGGAGCCAGUGGCUUUUCCAUUCUUGCCUGUAACUAUUGAAAUCGGGAAGUCCCGCUUCGAUACGAAUAAAUCUCUGUCCUAUCUUGAUGUUGUCUCGGCGCGACAGAGCGCCUUAUUUAUCCUCUUUUCAUGUAGCAGACGGAGUUCAGAUUGAUUGACAUUUCUUUCAUUCAC